GGCUCUCUCUCCCACACACACACACAGCUGAGUGAGGGCAGUUCUCAGUGCUUCUCCAUUCAUUCCCUGCAACUGGAUGACAGUGGUUAGAGAGAGGGAAGAGGUGUGUGUGGGUAUUGGUCAGUGUGAGGCAGGUAGGUGCAGGGCGGAUGGGAGAGGAUUUGGGAGUGAUGCUCUGCCUCUGGGCUCUGGAGAGCCGGCCUGGCACCUACCCCUCACUCCAUCAUGUUGGAUCACCACGAGGAUGACUUGCCGGAGAGUUGGCAAGCUGCGGUUGUGUCUGCUCGCCCUGUGCGGCUGGGUGGCGAGCGGGAGGCGCCCCAGGAGCAGGAGGAACUUGCUGAUCGCCACGGGGGCUCUGCUGUACGCCUGCUUUGUGGUGCUGCAGGGGGAUGUCUUACCCCGAGAGGGGCUGCAGCGAGCCGCGGGCGAAAAUCCCAGGCAGCCCAGCCGGCUGCUGGUGCUGGCCAGCACUCCACCAACAGGAGGCAGCGGACCGGGCAACUUCACCUCCAACCCCAAAGUGGUGUACAUCACUCUCCGCUCGAAAAGGAGGAAGCCGCUAAAAAUCAGGGGCACCGUGAGGCCAAAGACCAGGAAGAAGCGCUCGGCUGUGCUGCAGAGCAGGGACAGUGUGGUCCCAGCUGGGGGCAAACCCAGGGGUGAGCCGUCCCCACCUUCCCGAGGGGCAGCCGCUGGGAGGGAGAGAAGCAGCAACAUCCGGAUUUACAGUGACAGUACCCCGUUGUGGUUCAGCCCGGGGGAUAUCGCCGCCAUGCGCUUCCUGGCCGAUUCCAGCAUCGACCGCCUCCAGAGGCGAAACCUCCCGGGCCGCCGGACCGCCCUCCUCUUCCAAGGGGCGGGUGAGCACCGCCAGCGCUCCCCAAGGGCGAGCACAGGCAAAGCGGGCCGAACGCCGUGCGGUCUCCUGAAGACCCCGGCGGACAGCAGCGAAGUCUUCGCCUUCCAUCUCGAUCGGAUUCUGGGUCUCAACAGGAGUCUCCCCGCCGUGGUUCGAAGGAUUCAAGAUGGUCUACCUCGUCCUGUUAUCCUUUGGCAUGAUUCCUUGUCAAUCGCCAGUAAUGAUAUCCAGUCAACGGUCAAAUUGAAUUGGAUGUCUUAUCAGCAAUCACUAAAAUGGAAGUGUUGGGUUCAUGGUAAAGUACCUAAACCAGCCUGGAGUUGUACUGAUAUUCAUCACUAUGAAUGGUGCAAACUAGCUCUUUUUGAUUUUCUACUGCAGGUUUAUAAUCGCCUUGACAGAAAUUGCUGUGGAUUCAGACCCAGAAAAGAGGAUACUUGUGUUCGAAAUGGCUGGAACGUGAACUGUGACAAUCAGGACAACAUCAAUUUAGUUCAUAUCAUAUCCAGAGAAGAUGAUCAUCGGCAUUUAGUAUUCAUAGACAAUAAAGGCUACUUUGACAGAAAUGAAGAUAAUUUAAAUUUUAAAGUUUUAGAAGGAAUAACUGAAUUUCCAGAAUCUGCUGUAUCCGUCCUAAAGAAUGGACAUCUUCGAGAAAGGCUUCUUCAGUCUUUGUUCCUUGACAAACUUUAUUGGGAAAGUCAAGGAGGCCGCAGAGGAAUUGAGAAACUGAUUGAUGUGAUUGAAAGGAGAGCAAUGAUUUUUCUUACUUAUAUUAAUGCACAUGGAUUCAAGGUGCUCCCGAUGAAUGAGUAAUUGUCUGCACUAUUGAUUAAUAUCAGUUAUCAAUUAUAACAAUUGAUAUCAAGUAUCAGUUACAAUAUAGGUUCAUGCCUCAAUCUUGGUGCUUUCUUGCUGUUACGAAUUUUCUCUAUUAAUUUCAUCAAACACAAACUUUAUAUGACAGAAGUACUUACAGUCAUCAAAUGGUAUGACUGAUGUUUAAGAGACAACAUGAGUUGAAGCAACUCAUAAAUUAUUUACCAGCAAAACUGCCUAAGGAGGAAAGUAACUCUAGGAAAGUGUUUUCAAACACUAAAUACUGAAGAAAUAAAUUUAUCAAAGUAUGCUUAAUCUUUAUGAAGUUGGGUUUUCUUGCCCGACGAGGUGAUGUGAUGUUCAGGCCUGAAUUAAUUGGCUUUUUCCACAACAACGUCUCAAUCAGUUAGUUUACCAGAGAGGUAUGUGACUAGUGAUUGCUUGCAGGGGGCUCUGAGAUUACACCUCCUUUAAAGAAUGCACAGAUACUCCUCAUUAGUCAUCUAUGGUAGACAAGCAGACCUGAGCUCUUGCGCUA